AAAAUUAUAAAAGAGUUAAUUCAAUUGCUUGAACCUUUUGAACAAGUUACAAGAUUGUUUAGUGGUCAAAAUUAUUCAACACUAAAUUUAAUUAAUCUAUAUAUAGUUUCUCUUCAUGAUUCUCUUUUAGAAAGAUUUAAUCAUUUUAUUAUUUCUGAAGCAAUAGAAGUAAAAAAUAAAAUUAAUGAAGAUUUAGUCUUACAUUAG